AUGUCACAAGAGAUGAAAAUGAAUGAAGACACUAGAAUGAUAACACAGCUGAAUAUUAUCAGUUUACUUGUAUGCUCAAACCUGAAUGAAGAACUAGGUCAGGUCCGGAUGAUAUUGUUUGACAAAACCGGGACAUUGACAUGUAACCAGAUGGAGUUCAAGAAGUGCUCUAUUGAGGGGACUUCAUAUGCCAAUGGUGAUUUAUAUAAGGUUGUUCGUGAUGCUUAUGAGCAAAAGGGUUCUUUUGAAGACGAAUCCAGUGUGGAGAUGAUCUUUGAGAUCUCUUCUGAGGCAAACAAGAGUGAUGCAGAUAUAAAAUCGUUCUUCAGAGUCAUGGCUCUAUGCCACACAGGCAUAGCAGUCGAAACUGAAGGCAGCAACAAACUCCAUUAUGAAGCUGAGUCCCCAGAAGAAGUAACGUUUCUUUAUGUUGCACAAGAGUUUGGUCACCAUUGGCAUAUGAAGUCCCCUCAAUAG